GUACAAAGGGGUUAACAUGAUUAACAUGGAGUUAACAUGGUCAAUAUCACAAAUCUGCUUACAUGUAAAUAGUGACCUAGAAAUUGUAGAGAUUAAAAGCGAUCUGCAGACACACACAGCACAGUCUUGCUGACAACAUGGAUGGUACACUAAAGGUUUUGCUGCUGGCACCCCUGAUUCUGUUGGUUUCUGGCCAAUCUUUUGAAAACUACAGAGACCUGCCUGACAAAUAUCAAAAACCUGUUAACAAAGCACUAGAAAAGGCAAACCAUAUCUUUGGAAAGACUCAUCAUGUUGCCUUCCAUUCACUCGGACACCCUCGGAGGACUAUGGAGAGCAACUUGAAUGUAAAUGUCCUUCUGAUCGUCACAACAUGCAAGAAGGAUUCCAAGAACACAUAUGAGCACAGAGAUGAAUGUGUUACACAAAAACAACACACGCCGAUGAUUGACUGCGUUGUUUGUAAGACAACUGAUGAUCAGGAACUGGUUGACUGUGCCAGAAAGAGAGACGUCACUAGUGGAAGACGCAAAAUAAUUCGAGAAAAAUGUAGGAAUUAUGCUCAUGGAUCAGCACACAUUUUGAGGUCAGUGAGGGAGUGAAUGUGAGCUCAAAGUGCAGACUUUAUGCUGUAAUUUGAGAGUAUUGACAUCCAAAUCAGGUGAACAAUGUAGGAUUAACAGUACAUAUUAUAUCUGCGCCUCCCCCCCUUUUUUUUUUUUUUGAAAAGGUGUUUUACCACCAUGAUUAAGCAGAUUAGUAAAUAAAUCACAUUAAAAAAGAGUGUUUUCUGUCACACUUUCAGGUUUUCUGACUAAGUCUGUUUUGCUAUGGCGCAUAACUAUCUAACAACUUGAUCAAAGCAUGACAUUAACACCUAUUUAGCAAAGUUUUAGACAUAUUUACGCAUAAUAGACCAUUUUUCCCACCACAAAACGGGCCCCUUACCCAGCGUGAUCUUUGCAGGCAGAUGCCAAGACAAGGCUAAAAAGGUGAAGUAAAAAAUUUCAUGAUGUUUUGGUGUAUAUGGUUUGAGACUUUUCCUUUUUUUUUUUUUGGCCACACUGACAUCGGUCAGGUUUUCCCACCACCACACAAUCUUGUGUAGUAAACGUAAAUAAAGUAAAAAGGCUACAUGUUACACCUCUAUAACUGUAUGUUGCUAAGAAUAAAUCUAAACUUGUGCAUACUACUGUACAUAGCAAUGACUGCUCCUUAGUCUUACAAACUCAAAUGUUGUGUCAGUAAUUAAUGUUAUUUUCAGUCUUGCUUGCUGGAAUUUAGUAGUAACAUAAAAUUAUCAUUAUUUAUGACUUAUCUUGUAUAGCCACAUGUAACUGAUGUAAUGUGUUUGCUGUUGUCUAGUACAUAAUAAAAUGGUAGGUCAGUGUA